UCGAUUGUGAAGGAAAACCGGGGCUGUCAUUUUUGCGGUGAUCACAUCUAAGCUUCCGGUUGCGUUGUCAUGGAAAUAGGUGACCCACCUAUAACCACCACGUCGGCUCUCAGGGGCCCUGUAAUUGGAGACAUUGGGAAUUGGGUUGACCGAACACCAAUUCAUGAUGCUUCAAGACAUGGCCACACGUUACAACUUAAGCAGCUGAUCGAGACCGGAGUCUGCGUGAACUUGGUGACUGUGGACUCCAUAACCCCCUUGCACGAAGCUUGUCUUCAGGGACACAUUCAGUGUGUGAAAUUGCUGCUUGGUGCAGGAGCCCAGGUGGAUGCUAGGAAUGUUGAUGGAAGUACACCACUUUGUGACGCCUCUGCCUCUGGCAGCUUGGAGUGCAUGAAGCUGCUCUUGGAUUAUGGAGCGAAAGUGAAUCCUCCACUUUUUACUGCUUCCCCUCUUCAUGAAGCGUGUAUGAAUGGUAAUCCUGAAUGUGUGAAAUUCUUGAUAGAAGCGGGUGCUAAUCUAGAAGCUCAUGACUGCCACUUUGGGACCGCACUGCAUGUAGCCUGUGCCAGGGAGCAUCUUGACUGUGCCAAAGCCUUACUCUGUGCAGGAGCUAAUGUAAAUGCAGCAAAACUCCAUGAAACAGCCCUUCACCACGCUGCCAAGGUGAAGAACAAGGAUCUGAUUGAGAUGCUUGUUGAUUUUGGAGGAAACGUUUAUGCCAGAGACAACAGGGGGAAAAGGCCUUCUGAUUACACCUGGCCAAACAGCCCCACUGCAAAAUGUUUUGAGUACUAUGAAAGGAUGCCCAGAACUUUGGCGCAGCUUUGUCGGAUCACAGUCAGGAAAGCCCUUGGACAAAAAGCAAUAGAAAACGCCUCCAAAUUAAACAUACCUCCAAGACUUAUCGAGUAUAUUUCGUAUAAAUAAACUAAUUAAGAGGCUGCCAUGCACAUCUGUCCUCCCGAACUAGCUGUACGUCAAAAUGUAAUGGCUGAAUAACUCGUGACGGAAUACGCCAUUUGUGUGGAGCAUUUGUACAAACUUGGAAGCAAUGUAUCCACACAACAUAUAUAUGGGUAUUUCUAACUCAUGUUUGUAAACAUGCAUUAUUGAGGCUCCACAUAAGCGCAUAACAUGUAUUUCCUACUCGGUAAAACUGGAUCAUGGAAUAAUGUAAAAGGGCAAGUCCCAUCAUACUUUUAAAGCAUUUAGUUAUUGUUCUAUAGUUCUAAGAGAUAUAUAUAUGUAUUUGACGUUGUCAUGUAAAUAUUUAUGGCAAAAACAGCAAAAUGCUUCUGUAUGUAUACUCGUUUCGUGUAUGGUGUAUCUGCUAUUAUCUUAGGAUAGUACGACCCUUAGUGUCCGAAGUCUGGAUAGGAAAGGCAACAAAGCUGUAGCCAACACUGGGUUUCCUACAGGUAAAUUACACUAGGAAAGCAGAAACAGAGGGACACCUAUGCAA